ACAAAGCCUAUGUUACCCCAAAGCUGACUCAUUCAGUCCCAAAUGAAGUUAAAUGCAUAUACAAAGCUAAGCUCUUGAACCAGAAGCAGCUUCUGAUCACUCUCACUUGGUACAACAGGGUUUUAGGCCAAGGACUCAUUGUCAAUGUAGAUGAGUACAAAGUGAAUUCCUCCUCCUCCUCCUCCGCAUUCUCCUCCUUCUCCUCCUCAUCCGCAUCCUCAUUCUCAUCUUGUGAAUCAAAAUUAUCGUCGAGUUCGAAUUCCCAGAGACUGCAGAAGGAAAAGGGCAGCAAGACAUGGCCAUCCUGCAAUUCGAAGAUAGAAGUGUUUUGGGAUUUCUCCACUGCUGAUUAUGAAAAUGGAUCACCAGAGCCAACGAGUGGUUUUUAUGUAUUAAUUAUGGCAGACUCAGAACUUGGUGUAAUCCUUGGUGACAAGAUUGAAGAAGUGCUGGACUUGAAGAAGUACAUGACUGUCAUAUCACAGAAGAAAUUCUCAUUGGUCUCCAGGAGUGAGAAUGUCUCUGGCAAUGCAGUGUAUUCAACCAGGGCUCAAUUCUGCGACUCAGGAAUUGCUCAUGACAUUGUGAUCAAGUGUGACAGAGACGACGAAGGAGGCUCGAAAAGCCCUGUACUAACGGUUUCGAUUGACAAGAAGAAGAUUUUUCAGGUGAAGAGGUUGAAGUGGAAUUUCAGAGGAAACCAAGCAAUAUUUUUAGAUGGACUGCUGGUGGAUUUGAUGUGGGACAUUCAUGACUGGUUGUGCAACCCAAAAUCUGGGCGAGCUGUGUUCAUGUUCAGGACUAGGAGUGGAUUGGAUAGCAGGCUCUGGCUGGAAGAGAAGGUUCUUGAAUACAAGGGACAGGACAGGCCUGAGUUUUCCUUGGUGAUUUGUGCCUGUAAGAGCCCUGACUGAUUACUUGUCUUUCUUGUUUUCGUUCUUUCAACUAUUUCUUAGUUAGCAGAAAAGAUUGAUAAUUUAACAGUGACUAUGAGUUCUUAUUUGGUUUUAUGGGGUUUUAACCUGAAAGAUAUAAUGGUUAAUCUUCAGGUUUAUGGGAAGCUAUAUGCUUUACUUGGGGAGUUGAAAAUUGUAUAGAAUCAAAUUG